CUAACUAUUCAAAACUCAUCAUCAUCAUCAUCAUCAAAUAUACAUAUAUAAAUACUCAUUCAUUUACCUCUCUAAUUUAUUUUCCUUUGCUUUCUCUUCCUUCCUUCUCUCUCUCUCUCUCUCUCUCUCUCUCUCUCUCUCUCUCUCUCUCUCUCUCUCUCUCUCUCUCUCUCUCAUAUAAUCAAAAAUAUGGAGUUUCAACCUAAUACUUCUCUUCAUCUAAGCCUACCUUACAAUCUUAACAACAACAAUAACAACAAUAAUUAUAACAAUAUAAAUAAUAAUGAUCACUAUGAUCAUCAUCAAGUUAACCUAAAUCUUGUUCUUGAUCACUCAUCAUCAUCUUCUUCCUCCUCUUCACUAAGUCCUUCAGAUCCUCCAAAGGUGUUCUCAUGCAACUAUUGCCAGAGAAAAUUUUACAGUUCCCAAGCCCUAGGUGGUCACCAAAACGCUCACAAGCUAGAGAGAACUUUGGCUAAGAAAAGCCGAGAGCUAACAUCGGCUUUAACUAGGGCUCAUCACAACGGUUCUUCCUCUGCAGGCUUCAACCAUGGACCCGCUCGGUCAAGUAGCACUAGAAGUGGCUCAGCUCAGCCUAGGCAAAGUCUCCACCCACCGCACCAUGGGAGCUGGCCCGUACUUGAUCACCAACACCAUGGAUUUUACUCGGGUCAAUAUGGUAAUUGUGACCAUCAUGAUCAUGACAUGAUUAGUUCUAAUUGGUCUUCAAGACCUAAUCAUCAUCUUCAUCAUCAUCAUCAUGUUCAGGAAGAGAUUGCUCAGCUUGAUUUGUCUUUGAGGCUUUAAAAUAAUAAUAAUAAAAAAAAGGUUUUAUUAUGAUUGAGUAACAUAAUUUGUUUAGUGUUUUUUUAAUGCUAUUUUCAAUUUUCUGAUUUGACUCCUUUUUUUUUUCUUCAUAUUAUAUAUUCUGAAAAUAUUAUCUCUGAGUAUUUUGUAUGGAUUAAUGGUAACUUUGAUGAGGAAGAUGUAGUUACCGAAUUAUUAAUUAAACAUCUACAUUAAUUAUUAUUGUUAUUACUUCCUAUCUUGAUC